GGAUCCCCAGUAGCUCUUGCAUGCAAUAGCUACUCUUCCUGCGUGUGGGUGUGAAACUUCUUUUUUUUCAAGUGUGAAAAACGCCACAGGUUCCCCCAGCCAUUACACCAGUCCCCAUGCCUCCUCCCCUCAACUCUCUGUUCCUCUGCUUGCCUCCACUCUGACUGACAUCACUGGAGUUUCCCAGAAGCUACAUGUGUAUAUAACAGCAGCGCUCAGAGUAUCAGUCCAUCAAACACAGCAGGAGCAUCACUACCUUCAAAACAACCUCUAAUAAGACUGCUGGAGUUUAGCACUACAUUUUUUUACAAACUUCUAGACCGCAAAAGAGCUGAACUGCUACUUGAACUCUCUUCGAAUACUGCCUUGGGUUAAGUAGGUAAAGGAAGUCUCCACUCCGGGAUCCGCAGAAAGUUCUAGUAAAACGAUGGAAGGUGAUUUCAGCAGAGUGAUGGUGGACUUGGAGAAUGGCCCUGUGUCACCGACCGUGACCCUGGUACGGGAGAAGUCCACACGACGGUGGAGGCUGUGUGGUGCCCUGCUGGCCAUGGCGCUGUGUGUCUCAGCUGCACUCUUCUUUACCUGGCACUCCAAGGAUCAAGAUCACUUCGAGAAAGCUGAUGAAAUUCAGCAUACCCUGAGACAACUCUCUGGAAACAGAAAGGCUGCCAUUCAUCUAGAAGGUGAAUACAACACCUAUGGUGAUUACAAGUCCUCAGUGGAGUGGACAGAUGACGAGGGCCAGGGAUUCUCACAGGGGGGUCUUAAACUCAACAACAACGAAAUUGUUAUUCCCCAGAUGGGCCUCUACUUUAUCUACAGCCAGGUCUCUUUCCACGUCAGCUGCAAGGCCGACCCCAAGCACCCUAACCAGGACAUGGUUCACCUGAGUAACACGGUCACGCGCUGGUCCCCAAGCUACGGCACCGAAGACAACAAGGAGUACCAGACGCUGCUCAACUCCGUACGCACCGUGUGUAAGAAGUCUUCCAACAGCGAGACUGCGAGUGAAGGAAAAUGGUAUAAUGCCGUGUACAUGGGAGCAGUGUUCAGCCUGGAGAAGGGAGACAGGCUCCGGACAGUCACAGAGAACAGGCUUCUGCCCCAUCUGGAGAGUGGCGCUGGGAAGAACUUCUUUGGCGUGUUUGCCUUGUAAAGACAGACAAAAAUGGCUGACGACAGAGAGGAAGGCUACAUCCCAAAUGCCAACCUAUUCCCUAUACUUUUUUGACAAGAGCUCUAUGGGUGAAUUAUAUACAGGGAAUAGGUCACCAUUUGGGAUGCAGGCCACAGUGUGGAGGGAAAGAUUCAACUUUUGGA